AUGAGGGCGCCGAUCACCUACGUCUUCUUCCUCCUGCUCAUCUCAUCGACCUGCGAGUCCUCCACGUUGGAAGACACAUGUAAAUCCUUCGCCGCAGGCCACCCGUCGAUCGGCUACAGCUACUGCGUCAGGACCUUCCGCGCCGACAACGCGAGCGCCACCGCCGACGCGCGCGGCCUCGCCGCCAUAGCCGCCAGGAUCGCGGCGGCGGCCGCCAACGGCACAGCCGGGCGCAUCACCGCAUUGCGCGCCUCUGAGGAGGACGCAAGGAGGCGGGAGCGCCUGGGCGUGUGCGCGGAGGUCUACUCGGUCGCCGUGGACCAGCUCGGCGAGGCCGCGAAGGACAUCGCGAGGGGCGAGGACAGGUCCACCCGGGACGCGCUUGCGCAGCUCAGCGCGGCGCUGGACGCGCCCGGGACGUGCGAGGACGCGUUCGGCGAGGCCGACGACACGUCCCCGCUGGCCGCGGAGGACGCCGAUUUCAGGAAGCUGGCGACCAUCGCGCUCGCCGUCGCCGCAUCCCUGGCGCCGCAGCCAUCGGCACCGAGGAUUAGUGACUGA